CUUUUAAUACUUGGCGUCGAGCCGCUACCGCGUCUCUUGAUACUGAUAGUUUAAUUUACCAUAUUGAGUGUGAAGAUGCAUAUGAGGACAUGAAAUGUAAUCUCGACAAAUAUGAUACCAGUGACUAUCCCCCAGACAACGUCUAUGGCAUACCGCUUGUGAACAAAAAGGUCCCGGGUCUCAUGAAGGAUGAGAACAAUGGGGCCAUAAUGACUGAAUUCGUUAGAUUGAGAUCGAAAAUGUAUGCGACGCGAGUUGAGGGCAAGAACGAUGUUAAAAAAGCUAAAGGAGUCAAGAGUAAUGUUGUUGCGAGAACCAUAACAUUCGACGAUUAUGUGAAAUGCCUCGGUGAGCAGAUUGAAAUGAAGCGUUGUCAAUCUUCAAUUCGCUCAACAUUACAUAAUGUCUAUACGAUCACGGAGACGAAAAUCGCUCUAAGUCCACACGAUGACAAGCGAUACAUUAUACCUGAAACGGUAGACACGUUGCCAUGGGGCCAUUACAGUAUUCCCGAAUUUUCAGAAGCUAUGGAGGCAUUGUGAAUGUGUGCUUACGAGUGUUGGAGAUUAAGAGUAUAUUGAAGGCGAAAAAAAAAAUUGUGAGCG